AUGUCCAGGACCACCGAAUCCGCCUCAGCCCUCUGCACCCUCUCCACCUUCCUUUCCCAGAUUUAUGACUAUAUCAUCGUCGGUGGCGGCACAGCGGGCCUCUGCGUGGCCGCCCGCCUAACAGAAAAUCCAGACGUCUGCGUCGGCGUCCUUGAAGCCGGUGCCAAUCGCAUGGAAGACCCUCAAGUCUACACACCAAGUCUUUAUCCUACACUUAUCGGCAGAGAAAAAUAUGAUUGGUGCUAUGAGAGUAUUCCGCAGGCGGGCGCUGGAGGGAAGAAAAUGUCGCAGCCGAGAGGUAAGGUGUUGGGUGGUAGUAGUGCGAUCAAUUAUUUGAUGUAUGUCAGGGGGAGCAAGGAGGAUUAUAGUGCUUGGGAAUCUUUGGGUAACAAGGGAUGGGGCUGGGAAGGAAUUGCUCCUUACUUCAAGAAGAGCCAAACGUAUGACCCGCCGAAGAAGGAGCACCCGAACAAGCAGUUCAUGCCUAUUGCCGCCAAGGACGAGUAUCAUGGUACUAAUGGACCUAUUCACACAUCGUUCAACGAUUACUGGGAGCCGUUUGAAGAAGACUUCUGCAAGGCCGCAUAUGAAGUCGGUGGCUCGGAAAGCUCGCUCGUUGACGCGUGGUCCGGCGAUCACUUCGGCUUCUACAGCUCUCUUGCAGCCGUCGACCGAUCCAGCGACAAAGGCAGACGUAGUUAUGCCGCAACUGGUUACCUGCGACCAAAUUUAUCUCGGCCAAAUCUCAAGGUCUUGACCGAGGCAUUAGCCACCAAAGUCAUAAUUCAAGGCAACACUGCAACCGGUGUCGAGUUCAUGCAUGACGGCAAGAGAUACACCAUCAACGCAUCCAGAGAAGUCAUUCUUUCUGGCGGAACUGUCAACAGUCCCCAGAUCCUCGAGCUGAGUGGUAUUGGCGAUUCCGAAGUUCUGAAGGCAGCUGGAGUGGAAUGUCUCGUUGAGAACAAACGCGUGGGUUGCAACUUCCAGGAUCACGUACUCGGCGGAAUGCUCUACGAUCUAAAGGAUGGCUUGAAGUCUCUCGACUCUCUCCACGACUCCGAGUACCAGAAGGCCAUGGAGAAAGUAUAUCAAGAAACGGGUGAAGGACCUUAUGGUAGCCCUGGUAUGCUAAUGGGAUUCGUGUCGUACGCUUCACUGGUCAGAAAGGAUGUAUUGGAGGACACCAUUGCCGAAAUCCGGAAGAACUCACUUGCGGAGACAGACUUUGAGAAGCGUCAGGAAGAGACUAUCAUCUCGCAGCUCAGCGAUCCGAAGUUCGCAAACAUACAGACUUUCUGUAUCGGCGCUCAGCUAGACGUAAGCAAAGGUGAGAGCCAGAUAGGCUUCUUCAGCGCACCUCCCAAAGGCAAAACCCGCGCCUCCCUACUCGUCUGCCUCGAACACCCACUUUCCCGCGGCAGCAUCCACAUAACAUCCUCAGACCCAACACAACACCCCCGUAUAGAUCCAGGCUACCUCAGAAACGGCGCCGAUGCCAAAAUUCUCGCCGAAGGCAUCAAAUGGAUGGACAAAGUUGCCAAUCAACCCGUCCUCAAGUCAUCCCUCGGCGAUCGCAUCCUUCCACCUCAAGGUGCAAGUAUCGAGACUGAGGAAGAACGAAUUGAGUAUGUGAGAAAUCAUAUCUCGACGCAGUACCAUUUGAUUGGCACUUGCACUAUGGGCGAAGUCGUUGAUGAUAAGCUCAAGGUGAAGGGUGUUGAGGGUCUGCGUGUCAUCGAUGCAUCGGUGUUCCCUACUCAUGUGUCAGGAAACAUCAUGGCCACGGCUUAUGCUGUGGGAGAGAAGGGUGCGGAUUUGAUCAAAGCAGAUGAUGGAAGAUUCCUGAUGAAAGUCGAUUCCAAGGCUUGA